UCCCGAAAUCACUUGCCAAAAUGCCGAAUUGGAGACUUUUGCAGUCUUUAACAACAGCUGACUAUGCAAUAAAUAACAGACACCAAACGCACUAGUUCUAGAACUAAUUACUUUACGAUGGCAUCCACUAUAAAGAUUGCUCUCAUACAAAUGCAAUCCAAGCCCCUGGCGCUGGAACAUAACUUUUGCAAAGCAUCUACUCACAUCCGCGCGGCCGCCUCCUCGGGCUGCCAACUGGCCAUCCUACCAGAGUAUCAUCUGACCUCGUGGGUGCCCGACAACCCGCGCUUCCUCUCCUCAUGCGCGGCGUCCGCCGCCUAUCUGGAGCGCUACCAGGCCCUCGCCCGGGAGCUCAACAUCCACAUAGUCCCCGGCACCAUCUGCGAAGUCCACAGCGUCGACGCGCAGGCCUCCCCACCCACCGACGCAUCGUCACCCUCGGGGAUCGAGGUCCGCAACAUGGCCUACUUUCUCGAGGGCGGCACGGGCCGCGUGCUCGGCGACUACCAAAAGAAGAACCUCUGGCACACGGAGCGGCCGCACCUGACGCCCUCGGGCGCCUCGAUGCCGCACGCGGCCUUUGACGUGCCGCCCUCGGCGCUGGCCCCGACCUCGACGCUGCGCCCGGGCGCGCCGCUGCGCGUCGGCCUGCUCGUCUGCUGGGACCUCUCGUUCCCCGAGGCGUUCCGGGCGCUUGUGGCCGACGGCGCGGACCUCGUGGUCGUGCCGAGCUGGUGGCUGAUGGACGACGCGGGCGAGGCCGGCCGCCUCAGCCGCGGCCAGAGCGAGCGCCUAUUCCUCGAGAGCGUGCCGGUCGCCAGGGCGUUUGAGAGCUGCGUGGCCGUGGCGUUUUGCAACGCCGGCGGCCUGAGCCAGGUCGCCGUCCCGCUGCUCGGGGCGCUGGGCAGGACGCCGCCCGUGCCGAGGAGCAGCGUCGAGGCCGGGCUGGAGGAGGAGGAGGACGUCGUCAGCGUGGUGGAUCUGGAUCUCGAGGUCUUGAGGGUUGCGGAGGAGACGUAUCUGAUGAGGAGGGAUAUGAACGGUGAGGGGUGGCAUUAUGCUCCUGGCAGGCCGGGCGGUGCGUGAUUUUUGGGAUUGUGGGUGCGGUGGGAUGGCACGGGUGAAGUUGUAGUGGCAUGUAAAGACUGUCUAACUAUGAUUUGCUGUGAUGAGUACUUGUAUCCCUGUACCAGAGGUAGUCCUUCCAUUGCUCACGUCUUGCUAUGUUUCUAUGCCUUACAGCUCCCUCUACUAUACUGUAUACAAAUGAGAUCUAGCAGCGAAAUUGCCAUGUAAUCCAUUGGAAUCCUAGCCUGGAUUGAACCACAUUUACUGCUGCUACUCGGGUA